GUUAAGAUAACAUUUCCAUUUACGGUAGUCACGCAUCAGGACGGUAGGAUGUCUUCCUCUUCAUUCAUCCUCUCCAGUCAACAAAUUCCUUCAAAGCGUUUCUCUGAUAUUAUUAUAUAUUUAGAAGAUUCUUCGCCAUUAUCCUCACUUUCUCUUUCCAUCAAACUCCAAUCCUAUCGUAAUACAGGAAGGGUGCAGUAAGCUUCUUACCAAUAACAAGGGUGAAAGAUGGCUGCCGGACAACUAUGCACUUGUUCUAACAUUUAGAAUGUUGUUUGGAUCAUAUUCGGUGGUUAGAUCUACCAAAGGCAUUUUUUAGCUUGUAUGGGUGGUUGUCUUGGAGGGCUGGUCAGAUUCGCAUCGGCCUCCUCUGUUGAAACACUCGAGAUACCACAAAAGAGAAGCAUAGGUCAAUUGUCAAGCAGUGCAAAAAGGCAAUGGUCAUCCAGUCCUCAAGAGAUGGAAAACAGUGUUGGAAAUUCACAUUCCCAUGAAACACAUCAAUUGAUUGGUUCCGCAGUUGUCAAUGAAGAAACAAAGAUGAUAGAGAAAAAUGUGAACAAUUGUCCAUUUGUUAACCAAGCUGCAAUAGCUUGGAAUGAGAGAAGAAGGUUGUGGGUUGGAGAUCAAUCUCAGAAAUCCCAUAAAAUGCCAAGAGAACCAGUUAUAAGCUGGUCCACAACAUACGAUGAUCUACUAACAACCAGUCAGCCUUUUCCACAACCAAUCCCAUUACCUGAGAUGGUUGAUUUUUUAGUUGAUAUCUGGCAUGAAGAGGGGCUUUACGAUUAGAUCCGAGAGAUUAUCUUCUUCAGGCGGCAAGAUGUUUGUUUCUUUCAUAUGUAAAGAUGCCUAUAUGAACUAAAUAACACAAGCUGCAAUUGUCUUUGGAGCCACGUUUCUUUCUUCAAAUCAGAUGAACUUUGGAACUUACAUAUAGAUAGAAGAACCCAACUAUCAAACAUGCCCCAACAUCUCUGAAUCCUUUGGAAGCAAGGAGAGAGUUAUAUGAUCUCUCCAUGGAAGAAUUUAAGCUAGAGAGCAUGGCCCAUCUCAGAUAUGGUGAACAAGCUUUUCCAUCACUAAAGAGCAUUGGGAGUUCACUCAAGAAAACACAAUUUUAAAGUGCAUGUAAUUAUUUCAUAAGCAUUGUUUAAGAACCACAAACGGUAGAAAUUUUAGCAUCUGUAUUUGUUAUUGCAGCAAGUGGCGGAAGCCAUCUUACGUAAAAGAAAUCAGUAUUCAUACAUGAAAAUCAAGAUGAAUGGCUUUCUGAUGAA